AUGCGGAGGAGCAUUCAGAGAAUAACUAAAAAGAACAACCGGAGAUUCGCUCGUGGCGGGUACGGGCAAAGAUUUCCCAGUUUGCCAGCGUACCCGCCACCGCCGUCACCUGCAGCGUACCCGCCACCGCCGUUGCCAGCAGCGUACCCGCCACCCGUGCCAGCGUACCCGCCACCGCCGCCGCCAUGCAGCGUACCCGCCACCGCCGCCGCCAGUUACGUACCCGCCACCGCCGCCGCCAGCAGCGUACACGACACCGCCACCGCCAGCAGCGUACCCACCUCCGUUAGCGCCAGUGGGAACGUAUCCGCCAAUGUACCAGUCAACGCCAGCCGGAGCGUACGCGCAAAGACAUCCGCAACCACCGGCGUAUACGUAUGGGUCAUAUUAUUAUUAAAAAAAAUGGUAUAA